AUGUCGAACGAACUGCCGCUACCUACGCCCGCCCAAAAUGUGGUGCUCGAUACAUCAAAGCUGACUGAGUCAUCAUCGGCAUCAGUCUGGGAUCGCAUCACCAGCUGGGUCUCAGAGAACAAGGCCGUUGUUUACACCAUUGCCGGUGUUGCCGUUGUCGUGACCGGAGCGGGUGUUGUCUAUUACCUGAACGAUCCCCGCAAACCCACUCCCUCAGCACCCAAGAAGAGCAAAAAUCAGCGACGAAAGGAAAAGAAAAAGGCGGAGGAGCAAAAGGCUGCAUCCGUGCAGGAUGAGUCUGUCAAAAAGGCAGAGGAGCCUGUCGAGGAGCUUCCCGAAGUCGAUGAGGCCACUAUUGGAGAGCUGUCUGAAGAGACCCGGAACGCGUAUGCGGCCAAGCUCAAGGCUGCCGGUAACAAGGCCUACGGAAUCAAGGAUUACCCCAGCGCGAUUGAAUUGUACGGCAAGGCUAUUAUCUGCAAGCCCGACCCCGUCUUCUACUCCAACCGCGCCGCAUGCUACAAUGUCCAGUCCAACUGGGAGAAGGUCGUCGAGGACACCAGCGCCGCUCUCGCCAUGGACAGCGAAUACAUUAAGGCCCUCAACCGAAGAGCCAUUGCGUAUGAGCACCUUGAAAAGUACAGUGAGGCUCUCCUCGACUUCACAGCCAGCUGUAUCAUUGAUGCCUUCUCCAACGACGUGAGCCGCAACUCGCUUGAACGCUUGCUGAAGAAGGUUGCCGAGAAGAAGAGCCAGGCCAUUCUGGAGGCGCGCACUAAGAAGUUGCCUAGUGCUACUUUUGUCUCCAACUACCUCCAGAGCUUCCGUCCCCAGCCCUUGCCCGAGGGAUUGGAUGAGUCGAUUGAGUUGAGCGAGGAGUCCGGUAAGGGCCAGCUGCGCAAGGGUCUUGUCGCUAUGGGCAAGAAGACUGCCGAUGGCUACGAAGAGGCUGCCGCCGCUUUCGAGAAGGCACUUGAGCUCGGCGAGCUCGACGAAUUUGAAGGAUUGGCUCUGAACAUGCGCGCCACCUUCACCUACCUCGGCGGUAACGCCACCGGCGCUUUGGCCGACCUGGACAAGAGUGUCGAGCUGUCACCUUCCUUGGUCCAGAGCUACAUCAAGCGCGCCAGCUUGCACCUGGAGCUUGGUAACAAGGACGCUGCGGCCGAUGACUUUGAGCUUGCCAUUACUCACAACAAGGACGACCCCGAUAUCUACUACCACCGUGCCCAGCUACACUUCAUCCUGACCGAGCUCGCCGAAGCCGCCAAGGACUACCAGAAGUCGAUCGACCUCGACCGUUCGUUCAUUUACUCUCACAUCCAGCUCGGUGUCACACAAUACAAGAUGGGCUCCGUCGCCUCGGCGAUGGCCACUUUCCGCCGCACAGUAAAGAACUUCGAGGAAGUCCCUGAUGUAUACAACUACUACGGCGAGCUUCUGCUUGACCAGCAGAACUACUCCGAGGCCAUUGAGAAGUUUGACAAGGCUGUUGAGAUGGAGACGCAGAGCAAGCCCAUGGGUAUCAACGUCCUGCCCCUGAUCAACAAGGCUCUUGCUUUGUUCCAGUGGAAGCACGACUUCCAGGAGGCCGAGAACCUCUGCCAGAAGGCUCUCAUCAUUGAUCCCGAGUGCGACAUUGCUGUCGGAACCAUGGCCCAGCUUCUCCUCCAGCAGGGUAAGGUCUCCCAGGCUCUCAAGUACUUCGAGCGCGCUGCUGAGCUGGCUCGCACCGAGGCCGAGAUCAUCAACGCCAUCUCCUACGCUGAGGCCACCCGCACCCAGUUGGAGGUUCAGGAGAAUCGCUCUACUUGCAAUCUACUUUUCUGCAAUACACCUGAUAUCUCCUGGCUGUCUCAACUGGUCCAUGUGAUCGUGUUGCAGCCUGGAACCACCCGGAAACAAACAGCAUCCUAUUCCUGCCUUUCAAAUCCUACCAUCGUUCAUCUAUCUUUCACCAUGUCGGACCCAAGCGCCACCGUGACGCUUGUCCCCCUCUUCGAAGACCUCUACCCUCUGCGUACCCUUACCAUCACCGACAAUGAUAAGACCGUGCCUAUCGGGCGUGCCUCAAAGCGUGAAAAUCGAAACCGCAAUCCUACAGCAGAGAACGCUUGGUUUGAGUCUCAGGUCAUGUCUCGUGACCAUGCUUUGCUUAAGAUACUACCAAACCAAAAUAUGGUUUUCAUCACCGACUGUGGCUCAACACACGGGACUUUCCUGAAUGGUGGAAAGCUGGUGACAGACGUGAAUACCCCGCUGCGCAACGGAGACAUCAUCCGAUUCGGUGUCGAUGUUGACCGUGGCCAAGAAGUUUUUGAGCCCAUCGAAGUCAGCUGCAAGGUUGAGUGGCUCAAACCCCAGCAUGUGGUCAUUCCAGACGAUAGUAUUUCUAUCAAACCGGAUCCAAGUCCGUCAACCAACAGUUUCUCUGUCCCCGAAGACGAUAGCGAUAUGGAGGACACCGACCUACCCAGUGAUGACUCUUCUAAGGAGUCCGUUGCUCGAUCUUGGGAAACUACUGUUCUGCAGCCUAUGAAUACAUCUCUAGUUUCUCCUGCCUCGAGUGUCCAGAGUGUCCAGAGCGACGAACAUUCAAAGGACGGGUGCAACUCCUUUUGGGGAACUGUGUUUGCUACCAAGGAGCCUAUCUCCAAGAUUGUGCCCGACCCUACCCCACUGGUCCCGGGUCUUCUUGGCCAACUGUCUGAUACCAAACCGGUCUCCGACACCAACCCAUCUCCCGCCAAACUGGUCUCAGAUGCCAAGAUAUAUCUCGCUGAGUCGGCCUCUGCUGAAAUUGCAUCUGAACAACAAGCACAUGAAGAUAGCCUCCCUGCAAUCUGUUACCAGCAAGUACCUGAAAUUCGUUACAGCGAUUGGACCAUGAUGCGACCUAUGUUCAUGCGCCUGGCAGACAUGGCUUGGGGUGAAUCCAACAACAUACCGGACGUUGACCACGACAGGCACAUCAUUCACGCGGCGCGCCGUUGUUCUAUUUCCCAAGAUUCGUACUGGGUAGAUGAUACCCCUAGCUUCCGACCUUGCGUUGGGACAGAAGUCUACUGGGAGCCUGACUCCGAGGACUCAGACACAUCGUUCCAUCGUAUGCCCGGCAACCUUCUUCGGUACUGGUCAGUCGAUAAGCGAAGAUAUUGGGUCAUCAACGAAGAUGAAGGCGGCGAGCGGGUGAGCAAUCGGUGGUGGAUCGUUGAAAAGCCACUGGAGCUUCUCAGCGAAGACCUGAAGCGCGAGCUGGAGACUGAGACCGAGGUUGAAGACUGUCACAAGUGCUGGAUCGUGAGGGCCUGGGAGCCCCGAAUGAUCGGAGAUCGAUGGUGCGAUGUGGCUCCUUACUGGGAUCCGAAUUUCGAUGAAAACUGGCUCUCUGAUGACCAGUCGGUUGAUUCAGACGAAGAAGCUCAAGAAUACGAGGAAUACACAACUAAGUCGGAUGCUCUUAGUGAUUCCUCGGAGAGCUACCCCAGAUAUCCAUGUCUCAUGUACGACAGCGACUCGAUUCACGGAGACGGCUGUGAAAUGUCGGACGACCUCGAGGAAGAAGACUUUGAGGAAGAUUAUGCCGAGGACUUUGAAGAAGAUGGCGAGAUCUGUGAUGAAUCCGAAAACGACUCUGAUUGCUCUGACAAUGGGUGCCUUGAACACCAUAUUCCACAAAAUCCUGAUAUCCGUUCCUUGCUUGGUCCGGAGCUUGUGAAGAAACUUGAACGUGCCAACAACACUGAUGCUGUCGAAGUGCCCGAGCAUGUAUCUGCAAAGCCGUUUGAGGGCCAGUCACUGAACCCCGCACGUAUCGAGAGCAAACCAUUGAUGGGACAAGCUGCUCCUGGUAUGACAAACCCAGGUGCUCGGUUCCCGACACACACUGUUUCCGGUGAGCUGCCAAGUUCAUGUCAGAACAAAUACCCACCAAUGCAACGGAAGAUCGAGAGCUUUGUUGGGGUACCGUCCUUGUCCCAUGAAUUCAAACAUCCCUAUCACGAUGGACCAUUCUCGACCGGCUAUCCCGCGGAAGAUGCCUGCCUGGCAACAUUUAGAAAACCACAUUUGAAGCGUACUGCAACAGAGAUGGAAUCAUCGGCUCUUGAAGCCAGUAUUUCUCAAGAUGCUCAGCGAUUGCCUGUAGAGCCAACCAGCCAGUCGGAUCUCGACCUCAACACAAUUUCCUCUGAAGCCAAGGAUGCGAUCAGCUCCGCACUUGCUGAGAAUGUCUCUGCAUUUGCUGAGAAUGAGCGUCCGGCAAAGCGAAUCAAGUCUAACCACUCAACCUCAAAGUCCUUGGCAAGCCACGCCACCACGGCUGUCAUCAGCGCUCUGCUGGGUGGCCUGGGAACUAUUGCUGUGCUAGCAUCCUUGCCCAAUGAAUACUUCCAGUGA